AUGUACUUUACUCUUGCAGUGUCGGUACCAUUUGCUCCAAAACAGAAGUUAGCAAUAAACGAGUAUGAGUCUGACUCCAAUGACAAUCGAAAACUCAUGGAUGAGCAAGGAAAAGAAAGUCAACAGACUCUGGAGACGACUCAACAUCUUGGAAAGGCCCAACCGAAUGCUAAGGCAUCCCAUCAGACUCCCAAAAGGGUCCACCAGACUCCUGAGACGGCUGAACUUAUUGCACACGAUGUCCAGCAGAUUCACGAGAUGCCAGAGACGAUGAAACAAAUCGCUGAGGUGACUCAAGAGUUCCUACCAACUGUGCAAGAGAUUACAGCUGAGGAGGGCCAACUAUUCCCCAAUGACAUAGAUCAAAUAUUAUUUGAUGGAAAUGAUGUUCGGAUCAGCAACACCAAAUCAAUUGUUGAGGAACUGCUUGACAUUGCUCAAGACAUGCAGAUGCAAGGGAUUUCUGAGACAAACCAUCAAACUCCCGAAAGGGUCCACCAGACUCCUGAGAGGGCUGAACUUAUUGCACACGAUGUCCAGCAGAUUCGUGAGAUGCCAGAGACGAAACAAAUUGCUGAGGUGACUCAAGAAGUCCCACCAACUGUGCAACAGAUUGCAGCUGAGGAGGGCCAACAACUCCCCAAUGACAUAGAAAAUCGACAGACUCUGGAGACGACUCAACAUCUUGGAAAGGCCCAACCGAAAGCUAAGGCAUCCCAUCAGACUCCGAAAAGGGUCCACCAGACUCCUGGGACGGCUGAACUUAUUGCACACGAUGUCCAGCAGAUUCACGAGAUGCCAGAGACGAUGAAACAAAUCGCUGAGGUGACUCAAGAGUUCCUACCAACUGUGCAAGAGAUUGCAGCUGAGGAGGGCCAACAAUUCCUCAAUGACAUAGAAAAUCGACAGACUCUGGAGACGACUCAACAUCUUGGAAAGGCCCAACCGAAAGCUAAGGCAUCCCAUCAGACUCCGAAAAGGGUCCACCAGACUCCUGGGACGGCUGAACUUAUUGCACACGAUGUCCAGCAGAUUCACGAGAUGCCAGAGACGAUGAAACAAAUCGCUGAGGUGACUCAAGAGUUCCUACCAACUGUGCAAGAGAUUGCAGCUGAGGAGGGCCAACAAUUCCUCAAUGACAUAGAAAAUCGACAGACUCUGGAGACGACUCAACAUCUUGGAAAGGCCCAACCGAAAGCUAAGGCAUCCCAUCAGACUCCGAAAAGGGUCCACCAGACUCCUGGGACGGCUGAACUUAUUGCACACGAUGUCCAGCAGAUUCACGAGAUGCCAGAGACGAUGAAACAAAUCGCUGAGGUGACUCAAGAGUUCCUACCAACUGUGCAAGAGAUUGCAGCUGAGGAGGGCCAACAAUUCCUCAAUGACAUAGAAAAUCGACAGACUCUGGAGACGACUCAACAUCUUGGAAAGGCCCAACCGAAAGCUAAGGCAUCCCAUCAGACUCCGAAAAGGGUCCACCAGACUCCUGGGACGGCUGAACUUAUUGCACACGAUGUCCAGCAGAUUCACGAGAUGCCAGAGACGAUGAAACAAAUCGCUGAGGUGACUCAAGAGUUCCUACCAACUGUGCAAGAGAUUGCAGCUGAGGAGGGCCAACAAUUCCUCAAUGACAUAGAAAGUCGACAGACUCUGGAGACGACUCAACAUCUUGGAAAGGCCCAACCGAAUGCUAAGGCAUCCCAUCAGACUCCCAAAAGGGUCCACCAGACUCCUGAGACGGCUGAACUUAUUGCACACGAUGUCCACCAGAUUCACGAGAUGCCAGAGACGAUGAAACAAAUCGCUGAGGUGACUCAAGAGUUCCUACCAACUGUGCAAGAGAUUGCAGCUGAGGAGGGCCAACAAUUCCUCAAUGACAUAGAAAAUCGACAGACUCUGGAGACGACUCAACAUCUUGGAAAGGCCCAACCGAAAGCUAAGGCAUCCCAUCAGACUCCGAAAAGGGUCCACCAGACUCCUGGGACGGCUGAACUUAUUGCACACGAUGUCCAGCAGAUUCACGAGAUGCCAGAGACGAUGAAACAAAUCGCUGAGGUGACUCAAGAGUUCCUACCAACUGUGCAAGAGAUUGCAGCUGAGGAGGGCCAACAAUUCCUCAAUGACAUAGAAAAUCGACAGACUCUGGAGACGACUCAACAUCUUGGAAAGGCCCAACCGAUUGCUAAGGCAUCCCAUCAGACUCCCAAAAGGGUCCACCAGACUCCUGAGACGGCUGAACUGAUUGCACACGAUGUCCAGCAGAUUCACGAGACGCCAGGGACGAUGAAACAAAUCGCUGAGGUGACUCAAGAGUUCCCACCAACUGUGCAAGAGAUUGCAGCUGAGGAGGGCCAACUAUUCCCCAAUGACAUAGAAAAUCGACAGACUCUGGAGACGACUCAACAUCUUGGAAAGGCCCAACCGAAAGCUAAGGCAUCCCAUCAGACUCCGAAAAGGGUCCACCAGACUCCUGGGACGGCUGAACUUAUUGCACACGAUGUCCAGCAGAUUCACGAGAUGCCAGAGACGAUGAAACAAAUCGCUGAGGUGACUCAAGAGUUCCUACCAACUGUGCAAGAGAUUGCAGCUGAGGAGGGCCAACAAUUCCUCAAUGACAUAGAAAGUCGACAGACUCUGGAGACGACUCAACAUCUUGGAAAGGCCCAACCGAAAGCUAAGGCAUCCCAUCAGACUCCCAAAAGGGUCCACCAUACUCCUGAGACGGCUGAACUUAUUGCACACGAUGUCCAGCAGAUUCAUGAGAUGCCAGAAACGAUGAAACAAAUCGCUGAGGUUCCCACCAACUGUGCAAGAGAUUACAAAAGUCGACAGACUCUGGAGACGACUCAACAUCUUGGAAAGGCCCAACCGAAUGCUAAGGCAUCCCAUCAGACUCCCAAAAGGGUCCACCAGACUCCUGAGACGGCUGAACUUAUUGCACACGAUGUCCAGCAGAUUCACGAGAUGCCAGAGACGAUGAAACAAAUCGCUGAGGUGACUCAAGAGUUCCUACCAACUGUGCAAGAGAUUACAGCUGAGGAGGGCCAACUAUUCCUCAAUGACAUAGAAAGUCGACAGACUCUGGAGACGACUCAACAUCUUGGAAAGGCCCAACCGAAUGCUAAGGUAUCCCAUCAGACUCCCAAAAGGGUCCACCAGACUCCUGAGACGGCUGAACUUAUUGCACACGAUGUCCAGCAGAUUCACGAGAUGCCAGAGACGAAACAAAUCGCUGAGGUGACUCAAGAGUUCCUACCAACUGUGCAAGAGAUUGUAGCUGAGGAGGGCCAAGAAUUCCUCAAUGACAUAGAAAGUCGACAGACUCUGGAGACGACUCAACAUCUUGGAAAGGCCCAACCGAAUGCUAAGGCAUCCCAUCAGACUCCCAAAAGGGUCCACCAGACUCCUGAGACGGCUGAACUUAUUGCACACGAUGUCCAGCAGAUUCACGAGAUGCCAGAGACGAUGAAACAAAUCGCUGAGGAAAGUCGACAGACUCUGGAGACGACUCAACAUCUUGGAAAGGCCCAACCGAAUGCUAAGGCAUCCCAUCAGACUCCCAAAAGGGUCCACCAGACUCCUGAGACGGCUGAACUUAUUGCACACGAUGUCCAGCAGAUUCACGAGAUGCCAGAGACGAUGAAACAAAUCGCUGAGAUGACUCAAGAGUUCCCACCAACUGUGCAAGAGAUUGCAGCUGAGGAGGGCCAACUAUUCCCCAAUGACAUAGAAAAUCGACAGACUCUGGAGACGACUCAACAUCUUGGAAUGGCCCAACCGAAAGCUAAGGCAUCCCAUCAGACUCCCAAAAGGGUCCACCAGACUCCUGAGACGGCUGAACUUAUUGCACACGAUGUCCAGCAGAUUCACGAGAUGCCAGAGACGAUGAAACAAAUUGCUGAGGUGACUCAAGAGUUCCCACCAACUGUGCAAGAGAUUACAGCUGAGGAGGGCCAACUAUUCCCCAAUGACAUAGAAAGUCGACAGACUCUGGAGACGACUCAACAUCUUGGAAAGGCCCAACCGAAAGCUAAGGCAUCCCAUCAGACUCCCAAAAGGGUCCACCAGACUCCUGAGACGGCUGAACUUAUUGCACACGAUGUCCAGCAGAUUCACGAGAUGCCAGACGAUGAAACAAAUCAAAGUCGACAGACUCUGGAGACGACUCAACAUCUUGGAAAGGCCCAACCGAAAGCUAAGGCAUCCCAUCAGACUCCUAAAAGGGUCCACCAGACUCCUGAGACGGCUGAACUUAUUGCACACGAUGUCCAGCAGAUUCACGAGAUGCCAGAGACGAUGAAACAAAUCGCUGAGACUCUGGAGACGACUCAACAUCUUGGAAAGGCCCAACCGAAUGCUAAGGCAUCCCAUCAGACUCCCAAAAGGGUCCACCAGACUCCUGAGACGGCUGAACUUAUUGCACACGAUGUCCAGCAGAUUCACGAGAUGCCAGAGACGAUGAAACAAAUCGCUGAGGUGACUCAAGAGUUCCUACCAACUGUGCAAGAGAUUGCAGCUGAGGAGGGCCAACUAUUCCUCAAUGACAUAGAAAGUCGACAGACUCUGGAGACGACUCAACAUCUUGGAAAGGCCCAACCGAAUGCUAAGGCAUCCCAUCAGACUCCCAAAAGGGUCCACCAGACUCCUGAGACGGCUGAACUUAUUGCACACGAUGUCCAGCAGAUUCACGAGAUGCCAGAGACGAUGAAACAAAUCGCUGAGAUGACUCAAGAGUUCCCACCAACUGUGCAAGAGAUUGCAGCUGAGGAGGGCCAACUAUUCCCCAAUGACAUAGAAAGUCGACAGACUCUGGAGACGACUCAACAUCUUGGAAAGGCCCAACCGAAAGCUAAGGCAUCCCAUCAGACUCCCAAAAGGGUCCACCAGACUCCUGAGACGGCUGAACUUAUUGCACACGAUGUCCAGCAGAUUCACGAGAUGCCAGAGACGAUGAAACAAAUCGCUGAGGUUCCCACCAACUGUGCAAGAGAUUACAAAAAUCGACAGACUCUGGAGACGACUCAACAUCUUAGAAAGGCCCAACCGAAAGCUAAGGCAUCCAAUCAGACUCCCAAAAGGGUCCACCAGACUCCUGAGACGGCUGAACUGAUUGCACACGAUGUCCAGCAGAUUCACGAGAUGCCAGAGACGAUGAAACAAAUUGCUGAGGUGACUCAAGAGUUCCCACCAACUGUGCAAGAGAUUACAGCUGAGGAGGGCCAACUAUUCCCCAAUGACAUAGAAAAUCGACAGACUCUGGAGACGACUCAACAUCUUGGAAUGGCCCAACCGAAAGCUAAGGCAUCCGAUCAGACUCCCAAAAGGGUCCACCAGACUCCUGAGACGGCUGAACUGAUUGCACACGAUGUCCAGCAGAUUCACGAGAUGCCAGAGACGAUGAAACAAAUUGCUGAGGUGACUCAAGAGUUCCCACCAACUGUGCAAGAGAUUACAGCUGAGGAGGGCCAACUAUUCCCCAAUGACAUAGGUAAUUUAAAAUCGACAGACUCUGGAGACGACUCAACAUCUUGGAAAGGCCCAACCGAAAGCUAA